AUGGCUCAGGCCUACCCCCCGGCCUACAUGCAGCAAGCCAACAAGGGAACUCUAGUUCCUGGGCAAACCAUUUCUGUCAACAAGUACACUGUUCAGGUUGAGCGCUACCUGAGCCAAGGAGGGUUUGCACAUGUCUAUCUCGUGCGUACCGCGACACCGGUUUUCAAUACGACUCACCAUGUCCUCAAACGUAUCGCCGUUCCGUCGGAGGCCAUGCUCACCGAGGUCAAGAAGGAGGUGGACAUCAUGAGAAUACUCAAAGGACAUCCUAACAUCGUAUACUUGAUCGACGCCGCGUGGCAUCGCCUGUCAAAUGGGACGUAUGAGGUCUUCAUCCUCAUGGAAUUCUGCUCUGGCGGUGGAAUUAUCGACAUGAUGAAUCGUCGCCUUCGUGAAAGACUUACUGAGCCAGAGAUUCUGACCAUCUUCUGUGAUGUCUGCGAAGGUCUUGCUGCGAUGCACGCGCUCAAACCCCCACUCCUCCAUCGCGACCUCAAGGUAGAGAAUAUCCUACAAUCCUCUGCGACACUUUAUAAACUGUGUGACUUUGGGAGUACAACCCCAGUACAGAAGAUCCCCUCGAACACGCAAGAAAUGAGGAUGCUUGAAGCCGACCUGAAUCGACACACGACGUUGCAAUAUCGGGCUCCGGAGAUGGUUGAUGUCUACCAGAGGCGUCCUGUCGACGAGAAGAGCGAUGUGUGGGCCCUAGGGGUCCUGUUGUACAAGCUGUGCUAUUAUACUACACCAUUUGAGGAGCACGGCCCGUUGGCUAUUCUCAAUGUGCAGUAUAAGAUCCCGCCGUAUCCCGUGUAUUCUAACGAUAUGAAUUCUUUAAUUGCCUCAAUGCUACGUGAACAUGGUUCUCAGCGACCUACAGUAUUCGAGAUCCUCGCUCAUGUCCACAAACUUCGCGGCACAAAGUCUCGUUUUUCAUACAGUAUCCCUCUCAGAGAACCUGCACUUUCAUCUCGCACCAUCGCAUCGCCAUCACUGCAGAAUCGAUCACCCAAUCUCAUUCCCCCAACUCAGCAAAACGCCAGUUCUCUCGAGAACCUGGUAUCGUAUAAGUCGUCGCAACCCCUGGUCUCAUCUGUAAAGACACCCGGGAUCGAAGCGCGUGACAAAGUGCUGGAAGCGAUUGCGCCUAUGCGUCGGGGGCGACCAACCCCUUCUCCUGCUAUGCCGUCUCCCCCUGCCAGUCCGAAGAAAGAGCGGACAUUUGGAUUAGACGCUAAAUUCAGUGCAGAAGACGACCGUAUAUGGCGUGGUGUACGUGGACACAAAUCUGGCCUUGCGAGCAUUGGUGGUGGAGGCGUUGACCUGAGUAGGGAUGUGGGUGAUGCAUGGGCUGUUGGGUCGAAAGAGCGAAAACAAACACAAGCCAAAGGAGAGAGGGGUCCAGAUAGUGAACGGCAAAUAUUCGAAAAAGCGUUUCCUGACGACUUUUCCGCCAGCUUUGGAAAAUCAUUUGGGGAUUCAUUUCAGCCUGCUAGAUCCCCUGCGCCCACAGCGCCCUCCUACCCUGCUCCUUCCCCUUCGCCUAAACCCCAGUCAUUCCCUCAGACCCGGGCACCUCCAUCUCCUAAGCCGUCACCAGGUUUGACCCAGAUACAACGGCACCAAUCUACCCGAAAAGCCAAAGACGCUUUUGAGGGCCUCGGGUUUUCCACACAACCUCCACCACAGACACUAGGAGAGGCUCGGAAAAGUCGUACAGGUCUUGCAGGCCUUGGCGUGCCGACGGGCCUCAGUUCCAGUAGUGCAUCAGCCCAAUAUCUCAAUGCGCCUUCCAGGCAGCCUAGUGGCCUCGGGACAGUUAAUACAACUUACCGCCCUCCAAGCGCUCAUGCACCUAUGCCAACACAUUCUCCUCAGCCGGCCCCGCAAUCCCAAAUUCCCUUGUCCAUUGGUGCACAGCCCCAAGUAAGGUCACAGUCAUCGCAACAAGCCAAGUCUUUAACUGCGGAAGAGCGGUUUCCUUCAUUAGAGGAGCUUGAUCGAGACUUUGGAUCGCCGCCCUCAGAUUCAUCAGCUGUAAGAGACAAACUUGCUCAUCUUAAUGUGCAUGCAUCUACGCAGCCACCUUAUACGGAGAAGUUGUCCAAUGGUUCGAGACCACCAUCUAGAGCGAACCAUAUGAGUAACUUACGUGCGACCGGUGUAGAUGGCCUACCUGGUGUUACUGCUUUGUCUAUGAAUGGGGUCGAUAUGGCUAGCGCCACGCAGGGUAGGUACGAUGGUGUGCGAUCGCAAACUGUCACAGGUACCGCAAUGCGAGACUCUCAGCUGGGUGGGGGUUUGGCCAGACACGCGUCAACAUCUGCUCGUCCUCCACCUACGGCAUCUACCAGGGAGAGCCAGCCAAAAAAAGACGGUAAGCAGGACCGGGACAGGAGCCAAGAUGUUAUAGUGGCCCUGAAGAGUAGACCGUCGGCUGCUCGUCGCCACAAGCACUCGCCACCCUCAAACGGCCCCUCGCGCACAAACUCCGCCAAUCUGCUUUCGCCUAGCUCUCCGGAGUCUGCUACACCUUCACUUCCCCCCCGUUCUCAGCCUCGUUCCGAGCCCCGUGACUGGCUCACUGGCGGGGAUGAAGACGAAUUAGCCACGCCUCCGUUACCAUUCAGAGCUGAGCCACAACCCCAGCCUGUACUGCGUGAAUCGCCAAGCAAGCGAGCUUCGAUUAUUGAACGCAGCCCUAUUGUCCUGCAGAAACCACUGGAGGCCGAGAACGUUUUGGAGACAUAUCAUAUACCCAUAACUAGUCUCGAAAAUCGCACAAGAGAAACAAGAGAAAGGGAGCGGAAGAAACUGCAGAGGUCGCCGGAACGGAAGACGAUGGUUCCAAGAACUGGCACGGGUGCCACCACGGUUGGGGCAGGAGGUGCUACUAGCAGGAUGUGGCUUCCACCGGUCGAUACCACAAGUGCUACCCGAACAAUGGGUAAACUUUCUCCGAAUGGUUUGACUGAUAAUUGGAGUCCUAUUGCACCAAUGCCAGAUGCGACCGUGAAGAGCUCGUCUUCUUCAUCUAGUGACGAUGGUCCCGAGGAUUUGCACGGGUAUUCUUCGCGAUGGGAAGGCCAACAUGUGAAAGAGGCUGCUAAGAGCAAUGCUGAGAACAAGCGACGGAGAGCCAGAAGUAAAGGGAGACAAGGCUCUGUCCAUGAUUUGGUGGAUAUAUGGAGUGGAGGCAAAGGUCCCGGCCUAGACAAUGUACAGGAUGAAGGUCAGAAAGCAAGCCACAGACCGACCUCAAAGCAGACCGACAAGCGAGCGUCCGUUAUCACGCCGUCGCCUUCAUUGCGGCCUCCUUCCCUGGCUCCGAAACCUCGGUCGGGAUCACCACAGCCGCUCAUAGACACGUCUUCGUAUUCAAGCAGAAUGCUAUCAUCGCAAGCUCCAUCUCCAUCGAGCCCCCAUCGAAGACAGCCCUCCAACGCUCCUAUUGUUCAACAGCCACCUUCCCCCUCUCUUACACCAGCUCCCACGAUGGGGCGGUCUCGACCGCAAUCCAUGUUUGUUACCUCUCUAUCUAAAUCGUCGGCUGAAUCGAACACAACUUCUUCUAAAGUAGCGGCAUCCGCAGGAUACGGUAUGCUUUCGCCUCCCGCCGACCCAGUUGCCAAACGGACCUCGCGCAGGAGUUCUAUAUCAGACAUGGUACAACGUUUUGAGGCAAUUGGAGGGAAUACGAGGGGACACAACCUUGUUACACUCGUUUCUCCUUCAGCUGUUGCCCCAAAACCUGCCAAUUUGGACUCGAAGACGAAAUCCUUGAGUGGAGAAAACAAUGUAUCGUUGUCUUCACCUUCUGCUGCUGCUGCCCGCUUUCCCAGGCUUUCGCCCACGUCAUCACCCAUAAUGUCUAGAACCAGUAUGUCUGUCCCAGACGACCCAACUCUGGAUCACCCUGUACGCGAUCUUUCUAAGAAUCGCACGUCGCCAUCGGGAAUGCCUCGGAGCUCAUCACCGAUCGGACGAUUAGAUACGUCUUCUGUGGUCAAUGGGCUCCCUUCACGGAGGUCGCCAUUACCGGUCUCACGAUCGUCUGAACCGGAAGCAUCGUCAACACAUACCCAGGAGCGCCUCACCUCACCAUUCCCUCUGCGGAAAGCGACAGCUCCUCCGGAAGAUAUUGCAUCCUCACCUCUGCGCUCGCCCUCGCCGGAGCGGCUAUACCAGGGUGUAUCCAAACUUAUUGACAGGUGGCAACGGGCGGCAGACGACUCAGGAGUGGCCCCGGCUGGAGGUGUUAAACGUGGAUUUCCGGCGCGUCGCAUAGGCGGUGAUGCGGGAAGGGGACGAUGA